UUCGUGUUGAAUACUGUUUCAAUUUCGUAUCGGUAACAUUAACGUGACGGGUAAUUGAGUACAAACAUUUCAAAGACAUCCGUCUAUUAAGUCAAGCAAAUGGCUUUAUGUAUCAUCAUAAGCUUGUGUCAAAACAGGAAAUAUUUAAUACAUUUAAUAGCAUAGCCUAUAUAGGCUUGACUACAUAUUGGUUGUCAGUGUUGAUCCUAGUGGAGUAUGUGAUGGACACCACGUGCCUGUCUACAUCUGCAGUGGGGCUGGUUGGUGUGGCUCUCAUCGUGUUUCUACUUUUAAGAAGAUUUCACCGGCUCAUACAAGCCACACUGCGGAUCGAACUGUCGAAGUUCCUGCAACCAGACAGCAGACAUAACGAUAUUGAAACAACCCCGACCAGUCGGGUCAAAUCUGGGGGUGCACUGAGGACUUACCCCUUGACCCCUGGGAUGUGCACUGGAUGCCUGGCGGGUGGAGGGUACAUUCGGAUGGACACAGACAACAUGUCGGAUACAUCUCAUGAAGAAAAUGUAACUUACAACGAAUAUGGCUGCACCUCUGUAACAGUGUAAUGUUUAGUUACAAUGACUUGCUCACACUAAUAGUCAUACACAUUUAGUUACCCCUCUCGGAGCAGGAUCGCGCAACAAAACGAAGAGAGAGUUAGACAGAGUUACCUCUCUCUGAGAAGGAACGCACAACAAAACGAAAACAGAGUGGAGUUUCGUAUUCAAAUAGAAUAUAUUAAUGGACAUUACAAAAACACCUCUUGAAUAAACAAUAUACAAAGUCUGUUUGGUUGUAGAUCAUUGUUGCAAACAUGAAACUGUUGCAUUUGUGAAAGUCAGUAAAAUGAUAACGUGUCUGAUAUGCUUGAAGGACUCUCAUCUUUUAGAAAUGACACACAUUGAUACCUGUCAGCUUUGACACAAACGCGUCAACAAAGGCAAAUAGUUCCUGCACACAGAUAUGAGGUAUACAUAUAAGGGAUAAAACAUAACUGCUAGCAACGACGGGUUCUCUUUAACUGUGACACAUAUCACUUCACACACUAACCAACAUAAUGCCUCUUACAACAAGGGGCGGUCGG